UCGGCUUGCACUAGAAAAUACAAUUAGUUUUCAUCGGCAGCAGUGACGUAGCCUUUGCUAAAGGACGAUUAGCAUAGUACGUGUGUCCAUCCUGCCAAACAGCCAAACACGACAGGAAGAUAAAGAAAACAAAGGAAACAGAUUGAAAGAAGCUCCAGCAAUGUUAAGUAUGACAAAACAAGAUAUAGCAAGAGAUACCAAAGAAACUCCAAAUGGUUCCCUCGCACGUAACGAUGACAAAAAAGAGAACAAAAAUAAUAGUGAUGCUCCCGAGGAAUAACAGAUUUGGACACAAAUCUUGUGGUUCACAUAUAAAUCAGCUCCUGACAGGGACGAUGUGUUCUGAAGAUAUCUGAAGACGGAGCUCCUUCAGUUUCCGCCAUGGCUAUCUUCGGAGCUCCGGCGCUUAUAGCCUUCGCAGUGGCAUGUGCAGGCUUCCUCUGGUUGAGAUCGCGGAGCUCCUCGAAGGAGAUGAGGGACAUCCCCGGCACCAUGGGCUGGCCUGUCAUCGGCGAGACCGUCUCCUUCAUCUCCGACUUCUCGAGCCCUGCCGGCAUCCUGAGCUUCAUGCGUGACAGGCAGAAAAGGUACUGAUUUUCAUCGCCAAGAGAAAAUGCCAUGCAUCAAAAUGGGAGACUGAUCUGAACUGUGACUUUGCUCGAUGUUCGUCAGGUUUGGCAAGGUGUUCAAGACGUAUGUGCUGGGGAGGAUCACGGUGUUCAUGACGGGUCGCGAGGCGGCCAAGAUCCUGCUGUCCGGGAAAGACGGCGUGGUGAGCCUGAACCUGUUCUACACGGGGAAGCAGGUGCUGGGGCCGACGAGCCUGCUGACCACCAACGGCGAGGAGCACAAGAAGCUGCGGCGGCUCAUCGGCGAGCCGCUCUCCAUCGACGCGCUCAAGAAGCACUUCGACUUCAUCAACGAGCUCGCGGUGCAGACGCUGGACACGUGGCUCGGCAGGAGGGUCCUCGUGCUGGAGGAGGCCUCCUCUUUCACGCUGAAGGUGAUCGCCAACAUGCUGGUGAGCCUGGAGCCGGAGGGGGAGGAGCAGGAGAAGUUCCGGGCAAACUUCAAGGUCAUCUCAUCUUCCUUCGCGUCCCUGCCUCUGAAGGCCCCAGGCACAGCCUUCCACCGCGGCCUCAAGGCGAGGAACCGGAUGUACGCGAUGCUGGACUCGGUGAUCUCUCGUCGGAGGGAGGGCGGCGAGGUCCGGAGCGACUUCCUGCAGACGCUGCUGCGGAAGCACGCCGGCGACGACGCCGACAAGCUGACGGACUCGCAGCUCAAGGACAACAUCCUGACGCUGCUGGUGGCCGGCCACGACACGACGACGGCGGGCCUGACGUGGCUCGUCAAGUUCCUGGGGGAGAACCCUGAGGUCCUGGAGAAGCUGCGGGUGAGCCUGAAACCUCCAUUACUAAUUCCAAGCGUUUAGGCUUUUGUGAUGUAGCUGGAUUGAGCAGCA